CUUUUAUAACCGCAUUGUAUGCUGCAAAUAUAUUACAGUGCCGCGACUUGAUGCACUAAGAAAUACCCAGUGCCGCAUAUUUGUGAUCGAGUUUACAACAACCUUUCCUUAAUUAUUCAAAAAUUGUACACCAAAAACGUUAAGGUGGAGAAAAAGUCGAGUCGAUCCUGCAUCUCUCGCCAGUCGUCGCACCAGCAAAGCCUUUGCAAGAGGCCGCGUCUGCCGCGGGUGCAUUAUACCGCGCGCUCGGCAUUACUAGUAUAUAAUACUAACGAGAGAGAGAAAGAUAACCAAUCAUGCCAUAGAAGCAAGCAGAUGCACGGUAGCUUUUCAUCGCCGAGCGAAACUUUAAAAAUAUCGUCGAGAUAGAUCAUGACAUCGAUCGAAUGAUUAUUUACUGUUUUCUCUUUCUGGAGUGCAUUUCGCGAUUAGUGUGAUCCAACGUCCUACACAAGCUCGCAAUCGACUCGAACUUUAUAACGAACGAAUAAGAGAAAGAGAGAGAGAGAGAGACGAGCCUGCAGACUCGACGGCGAAACAAGUUGGGAGACUCGCGAUUGUUGUAUACAUAUACAAGAUAUAAAGAGACCGCGCACUACUGCUUUGCUUGACUACUGUGUGUUCUUUUCGCAGCCCAUCGAUAAGUUUAUAUUCUCUAGCUCUUGUCGUGUGUGAAUGGACUUACCGAGCGACCAAGCGAAAAUUCAACAAUUCCCUACAUAUGCCUAAUCAAAGGAUUUGGAAAGUGUCUUAGUAUAAUAUAUUGGGAUAAAAAUCAUCCUUGAAGCCAAAAAUAUUUGUUCAAAAUGUCAGAAAUUGUUUAUCCUUCGGGGUGUAGACCCGUCACAGAUGAUCUAGGACCUGAUGAGCUCAUAAGAAGACUCAAGACGUUGGCCCAUACUUUGCAAGCGAUGGGUCAAGAUGAAGGCAUGUACCAACAGUACAUCCCUCUUGCACUACAUUUAGCAGAAGACUGUUUCCUUCAACAUCAAAGUAAGGAUGUUCAAUUACUCAUUGCCUGCUGUAUUGCCGAUGUUCUAAGAGUGUAUGCUCCAGAAGCUCCUUAUAAAGACCCUGACCAAGUCAAAACUAUUUUUUUCUUUUUAAUAAAACAGUUAUCAGGUCUCAAAGAUCCUAAAGAUCCAGCCUUUAAAAGAUAUUUUUAUCUACUUGAAAAUUUGGCUUACGUAAAGUCUUUUAACAUGUGCUUUGAACUUGAUGACUGUCAAGAUAUUUUUUGUGCAUUGUUCUCUCUAAUGUUUAAAAUUGUCAAUGAUGAACAUUCUGGCAAGGUUAAAAGUUUUAUGUUGGAUGUACUCUGUCCACUUAUAACUGAAUCUGACAUAGUGAGCAAUGAACUAUUGGACAUAAUUCUUAUUAAUGUUGUGGAACCAAACAAGACACAGAGAAAAAAUGCUUAUUCACUAGCUAAAGAUCUUGUAGUAAAAUGCAGUGAUACUUUAGAAACUUACAUUCAAGCAUUUUUCAAUCAAGUGCUCUUACUGGGUAAAGAAGAAAAAAGUUUACAAAUCAGUAAUAAAGUUUAUGAUUUAAUUUAUGAGUUGAAUCAUAUAUGCCCGAGUGUGCUUUUGUCCGUUUUACCUCAAUUGGAAUGCAAACUUAAGUCAUCAAAUGAACAAGAAAGACUUGGUGCUGUUGGAUUGCUAUCAAGAAUGUUUUCCGAAAAAGGUUCACAAUUGGCUGUUCAACAUCCACAGCUUUGGCGUGCUUUUCUUGGUAGAUUCAACGAUAUCAGCGUUUCAAUUCGUAUAAAAUGCGUGCAAUAUUCAAUGCACUUCUUAUUAAAUCAUCCAGAACUCAGAAAAGAUAUAACAGAUACUCUGAAAAUGAGGCAGCAUGAUGCUGAUGAAAACGUAAGGUAUGAGGUUGUAAUGGCUAUUGUAACUACAGCUCGAAAAGAUUUUGAAGUUGUAUCUGAUAGUGAAGAUUUAUUGGAAUUUGUAAAAGAAAGAACCCUUGAUAAAAAAUUCAAAAUCAGGCGUGAAGCAAUGACAGGAUUAGCAAUGAUUUAUAAGAAACAUCUGAAUGAUGCAGAUGUACCCCAAGCUACAAAAAAGGCUGUAACCUGGAUUAAAGAUAAAAUUUUACAUGGUUACUAUAUGUCAGGUAUGGAAGAUAGAUUAUUGGUCGAAAGAUUACUUAACACCUGUUUAGUGCCUUAUCAAUCAUCAGCAGAGGACAGAAUGAAAAAGUUGUAUCAUUUGCUUGGUACAAUUGAUGAUCAUGCCUCUAAAGCUUUUGUUGAAUUACAGAAACAUCAAUUAGCUGUUAGAAGAGCAGUAACAGAAUGGGUUGAGCUUAUUAAAAAAAGUGAAGCAAGCAACACAUCUGAACCACAAGCAAAGAUUGUGCAAAUCUCUCGUUUUCUACCUGAACCAAUGAAAGUACAAGAAUUUCUUCAAAAAUUUUGUGCACAUCUCAAGAAAGAUCCAGUUCUGAUGCAAGGGAUGGAAACAAUUUUAAAACCAAAAGUUACGUGUAAAGACUGCGCUGAAGCUAUAACUGUGGUUCUCAAGAAAUUGGGUCAACCGGUCAUGACAAAUCUCUAUUACAAUACUAUUAAAAUGUUAUUAGAGAGGAUUAGUUCCGUCAUGAUUGACGAGGAGGCAAUCAGGGUACUCAUAGGCUACGUACUAGAUUGCUUGAAAGGUGGAAAUGUAAUCGAAGAGGUUGGAUUAAAUCCAAAUAAUGCUGGUGAAAAAGGUCUUAGGUUAUUACUGAUGCUUUCGUUUGUAUUUGCACCACAUUUUCUGAGCGACGACAUUUUACUACAACUUAAACAGCUCCUUGAACUGGAAGAUGAAAUGGUUGCCCCUCUUGUUCUUUCCAUAUUUACAUUCUUAGGAAAGUACAAACCUCUGUGCGAAGUAUCAGUAGAUAUAACAAAUCAGUUGAUACCUAUAUGUAAAAACUACGUAGAAAGUGGUACACCAAAGCAGUCAAAACAAGCUAUCAGAUGUUUAUUCAUUAAUAUGGUAGAUAAUCAUGACACAAUAUUCCCUGCUUUAAUCGAAAGUAUAAAAAAUGCUCUUAAUCCAAGUUCAGCAGAUUAUAGAACUGCAAUUGUUGCGUUAGGUCAUAUAGCUUAUAAUCUUCCUGAAAAAUACCAUCAGCAAAUUAAAGUUAUGGUUUCUAGAAAGAUCGUCAAAGAACUUCUCGUUAAAGAAACUAGUGAACAAACACAUGAGUCAGAAGAAGAUUGGUGUCGCGAAGAAGAAUUACCCGAAGAAACUCGCUGCCGUCUUGAAGGUUUGAAAUGCAUGGGUCGUUGGUUGCUGGGUCUUAAAAAUGACAUACAAUCAGCACAAAAAACGUUCCGCAUGCUCAAUGCAUUUAUCAUAAAUAGAGGAGAUUUGCUUCAACAAAAUAAGCUUAGCAAAGCCGAAAUGAGUUGGUUACGGCUACAAGCUGGUUGUACGAUGCUCAAAAUUUGUGAGCAAAAGGGUGUUGGUGAUCAGUAUACUGCCGAUCAAUUUUACAAUCUAUCGCAAUUGAUAUCGGAUGAAGUAUUGCAAGUCCGCGAAACUUUUUGUCACAAAUUGCAUAAAGGUCUUGGCAGAGGAAUUCCUAAUAAAUGUUUGCCUCUAGAUUUUAUGGGUUAUUAUGCAUUAGGUGGUAAAGAGCAAAACAAAAAAUUGAAGAGUUUACUCAAAACAUACAUGAAUACAGAUAUAAGCAAGAGAAGAGAUUAUGUAAAAUCUCUGUCAUUGGGUACAGUUGAACGAGCCAUGGGCAAAUUACCGCACAUUUUGCCAGACUAUAUGCUAGUUUUCGCUGUACCUAUUCUUGCACAUGAUCCUGACUUUACGAGUUAUACGAAUGUUGAACAUUUGAAGAUCAUACAACAAUGUUUAUGGUUUAUUUUAGAACCUCUUAUAACCAAGAAUGAGUUUUAUUGCUUCAGUUUUUACAAAAAUCUUAUUGAACGUAUGAAAAAUCAUAAAGACGUUGUCAAACCAGAUGACGAUUCCAUGAACUACAAAUUGUGGGCCGUGUGCGAUAUGGCCAUGAACGUGAUUUUCUCAAAAACUACAAACUAUGAUAUGAAAGAAUUCCCAAGUGAAACUAGAAUACCGACGAUGUAUUUCAAGAGAUCUGAUGAAAUCAUAACAAAUACCAAGAAUUACUUGCCCGCGGAACUGCAGAUUAAUAUGAAUAAUCCAAAAUCUAAAGGAUCGUCCAUGAAUUCUGUGAUUGAAAGACCAACUAGAAAAACAAAAAUUAAAGUAAAAGAAGCAGGCAUUGGACCAAAUGAAACAGACGCUCGGCUGCGCGAUGAUGAGAUGAAAUAUAUUGAUGCUCAGCCUUCAGAAGCCUCAGAGACAAAAAUACAUUUACCCAUCGAUGAUGACGAUAAUGAUCAAGAACCACCAGCAAAACGACCACACAAGGAAACAAACAAAAUAAAAUAACUGUGAGCGUGAUCAAUUCAUGGAAAUUUAAAGUAUGCAUCAAUAGAGAGGAUUAUGUGAUAAUUCUAAUGUGUAGAUCGUGUGAACUGCUUAUGAACAAGAAACAAAUUAUUUUGACUAAAUGUAUAACAAAUGAUGGUAUACCCAAGUUGUUCACACAUUUCUAGAUAAAAACUUAUAGUAAAUAGAGUAGUAGGCGAUACAGUAAAAUACCACUACUAGUUCAAGUACUACGGUGGCUGAUUGUGUAAAAAGUGUGGCUAUCUAAAAAAAUCGGAACUAAAACUUUAUAUCGCUUGUAAUAUGAAUGUAAAAAUUGCUUGACAUCAAAAUAAUUUUCAUAUUUCCUUUGAUUUUUGUUUCACGUUAAUUUUAUCAAAAUUCAUAACCCUGGUUAGGAACUUGAUAAGAAAAAUUACCUUAAAAAAAUGAACUUUUGUUUGUUUUAUAAGUUAGCUAUUUAUUUGAAGAAAAAUAUUCUCGUGUCAACACAUCAUAAGGGCAUUAUUUUCUACUAAAAACUCUAAAUCAUGAAAACUUGAUAAGAAUCAUUUGUAUACUCUCAGCACACUCUUUACCAUUUUCUAACCAGGUUUAUAUUACAUAUUAAAACUUAAACGUGUAUGAACAAUCUUUUUUCACUCAAUUCAUUUGUCAUUCCUUGUGCUGUUUCAUAACUAAUGCGUAAAUUCUAAUUCACUUCAAAUUGAUUCUUAAUGUUGUAGGUAAUGAAUUAUUGUUUCAUCAUAAGUUUAUGAAUAAUUGAUAAUGAACAGUAGAUUUAAUAUCAUUUAUAAAUAAUAAAUAUUAAUAUCAAUAAAAUUA